GUGUGACUUCUGCUGCCUUUCUUUCCGAACUCACCGCGGUUUGUUGCGUCACAACGCAGCGGUUCAUAAGCUCCUCCCUCAGGACCCCAGCGGCCGCCCCUUCAUCCAGAACAACCCCUCCAUCCCCACCGGGUUCAACGACCUGGCCUUCAUCGACUUCUCCUGCAAGAAGUUUGCUCACAUCGCUCAGGUUUGGUGUGAGACGAACCUUCGUCGCUGUAUAAGUAAGUUCCACCGAUUCGUCUGUGACAGCUGCGACAAGGCGUUCCCCCUUCGCUCUGCCCUCGACCUCCAUAAAACCACCUCCCACCAUGACAACCACUCCCCCACCGACUCAGAGGAAAAGGUGGAGAAAGUCAAGGAGGGCGGGGCAGCAGGAAAUGGCGUUGAGACCGAGGGUCAGUGUCUGCACUCGAAGCAGACCAGCUUCUUAGAAGUGCUCGGUCUUCAGCACAUGUCUACGGUGAAGUCUGGCCCCACAGACGAUGAGAUCCACCAGGCCCAUCUCGACAGCAUCAAGGUGAUCCACGUGGAGCCGCCGUGCUCCAGCCUCCCGCAGGAGCCGGCCUCGUCCUUCCUGUCUGGAGGUCUGGGGCUGACUCUACCGCUCAGUGUCGGGGGUCUGGCGGCGCUCAGCAUUCCGCUGCAGGGCCUCUCCCAGAAAGACGCCCUCAGCCUGCUGUCCAAGCAGCCCUUCCAGACAGGUUUCCUCCUGCAGACCGAUGGGGGCGCUGCAGCGGCCAGCGCUGCUUCAUCAGGUGCCAAACCCAGCGAGGCGGGAGGAGUCGGGCUCAUGGAGCUGGCGGACAUCCAGCAGAUCCUCAAAGUGGCGACUGCAGCACCCAAUCAGAUGGGACUGACCCUCCCACCUCUCGCCAAAGCUCCUGGACUCACUGGAGGUCAAGGUCAAGUCCAGGCUCAGAAGGCGAUGCCCCCGUUAAAGCCCAAACCUCCCAUCACCCCUCGCUCCAGCCUCACAGCGACAACUCCCCCACCCCUCCAGAGUUCCCAGCAGGCAUCACUGGGCUGCAUCAGCCCGGGCCUUCCACCUCCCACCCUCUUCAAAACGCCUUCCACAUCCUCCUCUUCCACCGAGAGCGGAGGGCAGAUGGAUGCAGAGUGCAUGGGCGACGCCCACACUCUGUUGUCUGAUUCACCGCCAGCUGCUACCACAGCUGUACAUGAGGAGGCAGGGCUAAGCGAUAGAAAGCCAGGAACCAAAGUGGGGAACAACGGCAACGCCGGGUCAGCUAAAGGCUCUUUCCCCUGUCGCUUCUGCGACCAGGUGUUCGCCUUCUCGGGCGUCCUGCAGGCGCACAUGCGCUUUCACCUCGGCAUCCUUCCUCACCAGUGCAACAUCUGCGACUACGUGGCUCCAGACAAAGCUACGCUGAUCCGUCACUUGCGGACCCACAGCGGCGAACGGCCGUAUGUCUGUCGGGUCUGUCAUUAUCCCUUCACUGUCAAAGCCAACUGCGAGCGCCACCUCAGGAAGAAACACGCCAAGACCUCGAGGAAGGACAUUGAGAAGAACAUAAAGUACGUCACCUCCACCACGACGGCAAACAUUGCAGCAAUCACCACCCCCACCCAAGACACGGAGACGGGCUGCACCGGAGCUGAGACAACGUGCCGGUUCUGUGGCGAGGACCUGAAGACCUACCGGGCGCUACAGAUCCACCUGCGCACACAUAACGGCUGCCAGAAGAAGCCGUUUGAGUGCCGGCGCUGCGGCGCAGCCUUCCUGGCCAAACGCAACUGCAUCCAUCACCUGCUGAAGCAGCACCCUGAGGUGCAGGAGAGGGAGAUUGAGGAACAUAUCGCCACACUUCAGCCGGCCGCUGUACCUGUCGCUACUGUCGCCACAGCUCGAGCUGCUCCGGUGAAUCAGAUGCUGCUGAACGGGAUCAGUCCACCUCCGAUCCAGAUGCUCCAAGCUGUGAAGGUGGAGGAAGUGGCGAACGUGGUUUAUCCUACAGAACUGGACCAGCCUCUCGACUUCUCUGCUAAAGGUCGUGGCACAGGGAGCCAGGUGGAGUCUCCUGGGGUCAAACUGGAGAGCGUCUCCCCGACCUUCGAUUGCUCCGCCCUCGACCAGCCCAUCGACCUGUCCAUCCCCAGCAAGAGGCAGCGGAGAGAGGCAGCACCCACGGAGAAGAAGGAGAUCAAGACGGAGCAGACUGGCAGCAGCAUCGAGCAGCAGCAGCUCGCUUUUCCUCUGUCCAAGGACGAGAAGGUGGGCGGCGCCCUCCACCCUCACCCCCAGCUCGGCUGUUACCAGCUCCCCCCUGGAUCCACCCCUCCCCCCACCCCCCUCCCCAACCUCAACAACUCAGCUCGAGCGCAGCGUCUCAAACCGCUUCUGCCCAAACCGGCCUCCUCCACCUCCUCGUCACCUUCCACCACCCUGAAAGAGCUCCCCCCCCUGGCCUCCAUCGCUCAGAUCAUUCACUCCGUCUCUGGAGCUCCAGACCUGCUGAAGAGAGAGGCUGCCACACUGGACUGUAAACCCCAGAGCAUUGUCCCCGAUUCAGCUGCAGACGCCCCAGGACCCUCCGCUGGUCUGGAAAUGCAGAGUGACGACACAUCUGAGGGAUCGUCCAGAAAACGGUCCCGCAAAAAACUGGCAGCUCUGGCAUUGAAAGAGAAGAUGGCUGCCAGCGGCAGUGGCAUCGACCUGGAGUCCAGCGGAGAGUUUGCCAGCGUAGAGAAGAUGCUCGCCACCACCGACACUAACAAGUUCAGCACCUAUCUCCAGACUGGCACCGCAGACCUGGGCGGAAAGAGAGAUGUUGACGGAGAAGGGGAGGAGAAGGACGGAGGAGGGAAGGAGGAGGUGAAGGCAUCCAAAGGGAAGAAAAACGCCUACUCCAACUCCGUCCAGAAGAUGACCUGCCCCUUCUGCCCCCGAGUGUUCCCCUGGGCCAGCUCGCUGCAGAGACACAUGCUGACACACACCG